GUCGAUGUUGGUGGGCACAGUACCUGUCUCCUUGGAGGAGACUUCGAGGGACCCACAGACGGUGAACUACACCGGGUUUUACGACACAGAAGGAGUAGUUCACACCAAGAGUGGCGAACGGCAGCCUCUGCAAGUCCACAUUCAGUUCAUGGACAUUGGCACCUUUGAGACGGUUUGGCAGGUGAAGUUCUACAACUAUCACAAGCGGGACCACUGCCAGUGGGGGAACAGCUUUGGCAGCAUCGACUAUGAGUGUAAACCCAACGAGACCCGCAGUCUGAUGUGGAUCAACAAAGAGAUGAUUACCUAGACUGCAGUAUGAGGACAUGUCCCUUCACACACUGGUCUGGACAGAUUACACUUGUCUGUGUUAUAAAUACAAACACCAUGUCUUAACAUCAACACAAAUUGGGCUGAAACUGCACAAUAUGGAAUGAACCAUUUAGUACUCAAGUGUAAUUGCUUCUCCUGCUGUUUAGAAUGGACAUUUCUCCACGUAUUUUAAACAGAGAGAAUUUGAUAAAAACAUAUCCGACCUGCUGCUUAUAUCAUUCAGCAGAAACUUAAACACCAGUAUCUGCAUUAUGUUAGUAACGUAUAUGUUCUGCCAUAACAGUUAGGAGAGUAAAUUGAUGUGAAAUGUACAAUGUUUUUGGUUCAAUU